ACAAGUUUAAAUAUCGAACAGUUAAAUUCAGUAGUUGGAAUAGUUUAUGUUUAAAACGUUUUAUAUAAAAUACUGUCGAAGUCGUGUUCAUAGGUGAUAACUUCAUAGAAAAUGAUGAUUUCAAGGACAUGACAUUAAAUAAAAAAUAAAUAAAUAUUGGUUCAUAAAAACAACAUUACGAAACGUGUCAAGCGAUGUUGAUUUACGUGAUAUAUUUUAUUUUUAUACCUUUAACUGUUACGAGCAGCACCCUCAAUCAAAGUAACGUGGAUGAAAAUGAGCUGUGUAUCAGGGAUCAAAAUGGAUUGUGCAUUUCUUGCAAACAUGGAAGAGGAAGUCCAGAAAGAAAUUGUGAGUGUAGCGUUAAUUGUAAAAAUGGUAACUGCACGUCUGGAGGGGAUUGUCAAUUUGGAUGCGAAGACGGAUUUUAUGGAAGGCGGUGUGAUAAUUUGUGCGUAACCUCGGAGCCUAACAGUGAACAGUGUGCGUCGUUUAGUGCUGAUGGCAUUCUGAGAGAAACAUAUGGAAAUUGUGAACGAUGUAAGACAGGGAUGUUUCCCGACCCCGAGAGAGCUUGGUGGUGUGCUGAUUGUCCAAACUCGUGCAUGGGCGGGGAAUGUGACCCUGUAAACGGGUCAUGUACACGUGGGUGCUUUAAAGGACAUUGGUCAAGCGAUUGCAAAGAAACUUGUGAAGAAGGUUGUCAUUCGUGUAGACAAACAGACGGAAUUUGUGAAAUAAAGGACUGUACGAAAAUUGGAUUUGUAGAAAAAAAUUGUUUGACCAACUGUUCUCGGAAUUGUAAAACAAUAAACGGAACAAGUAUGUGUAUGGUCAAAGACGGUUCUUGUUUUGACCAAUGCGAGAACUCGUUUUAUGGACCAUAUUGUAAUAUUUCGUGUCAAUCUUCUUGUAACGGAAGUGACAGGACUUGUGAUCGUCAAACUGGAUACUGCCUGCAUGGGUGUGACGACGGUUAUUUUGGUCUAAAUUGUACUCAAAUGUGCAAAGAAUGCUCGAACAACAUUUGUGACCAAAAGACGGGAAUGUGUAUUGUUGUAAAAAACAUCAGUCAAAGUGGCAAUGGGCAAUUAGAGGGUGUACAAGAAACUGCUGCUGGUGAUGACAGAUGGGACGUAAAGACUACUCUACUGUUAGCUGGCGUACCCAUAUCCUGUGUCGUAUUCACAAUGGGCAUUGUGACGCUGUUGGUUUUCAAAUGCAUCAGGAAAAAAAGGAAAAAGGACUAUUCUUCACUGUACAGAAGAAGACAUUCUCCAGAUGUGAUUGCUAUUGAUGGAACAAGUAGUAACGAGUAUGCAGAAAUCAAUGAAGAUGAUAUGUUUACAUACACGUCUAUAGUACGCAGGGAAACAACAAAGCCUGUGGACGUUACCCCGGUUUCAAUAUACAUGACGGUCCCUCUUGAUGAAGGCAUUUCUCGCGAUGUCACUUUUAACGAUGGGAUGACAACUGAUCAAAGCUUGGACGAAGAUGUUGUACCAGAUGACUUAAAUCGUUCCCCGAUUCCAACUAUAACACCUUGUGUGAAUGGCGAAUAUUUGACCGUUGUGCACGAAUUGCCAAUGCCAAUGAAACAUAAAAUUUAAAACUAUCCUUUAAGUGUAUGAGCUUGU